AUGUUAGAUGUUGCAUCGCCUCGUGUGUUAUCUUAUACUUAUAAGGUGAUGGAAAUUAUCGACGACUUACCAGUGAAAAGUGAUCUAGAAAAAUAUUUGUCGGCGUUAGAAAAAAUAGUAUACUUUGCUGAGGCAAAUAAGUUUUACGUAGAUUUGAAUCUAUGUUUAGGGAUAUAUUUGGUUAACGUGAAUUUGAAGAAUAUAGUAAAACAGAAAGGCCACUUGUUACCAUUUCACAAACAAGUGCGUUUGGACAACCUCGUGAAGACAAAUGACAAUAUUAUCGGUUAUUUUUCAAAAAUGACUCAAGAACAUUUAGAGCAACAACUUCAAAUAAAUCAUGAUUUACCUAUGGGCAUAUUACAUUUAUACACCGGGAAGUCAUCAUGGCCAAAACGUAUGAGAAAGUUUAACAUUGAUUUGUUGAAGAAAACCAAAUUUUACUCGAGGAAACGUUUAGAGGAUUUAUAUCAAAGGUGGUCUGACUACAUGAAAGGCAUGAUACAUUCUACUGGCAGUCCAACUCCAGAAGAAACAGAUCAUUGUUUGAAGCUGCUAGCGCAAAAUCCUAUCAAUCCAAAUAAUGCUUGGAGUCAUUGUCACGUACCAUAUGAUUGUAUUGAAAAAGUAUCACACGGCGUUAACCGUGCCUAUGGAAUAAAUCGAAGAUUACUGUUUUUGUUAGCGGCUCGCCAUUGGCGCGGCUGCGUUGUUUUGCCCGCUGAAAACGACAAGGAUUUUAUAGAUACCUUAUGUGCGAAAACGUACAACGAAAUUGAGUACAUUGCGAAUCAUGACUUGGGUCUACCGGAUGUUGUUAUGGAACACAUGUCUCUGUGUAGCCUAGAGGGUCACACUCAGUUUAUGCGACGGUCGUGGCUUGAUUCUCUCCUGGAUUUUCAAACUGAAGUUGGAUGUUUCAAUGUCUCCAGACCGAGUGAUGGCACAGUCAUGCCUAAGCUUCCGAAAAACAUAACUUGGGUGUUUUUAAGAUUAGAUUUAAAAAUUUGGGAAGGUUCUUGCAAUUCGCACACGACGGCCGUUGCGGGUUCCAUGUUGGCAUCAGUUCUUAGAUUUAUUAUAGAGAAUUUUUAUUAA